AUGACAGACAACCCUUCAUAUUCCGCCCAGGAGCUCGCAAACCAGGCCUUGUCGCGAUCCCACACGCCUUUCCCAAUCGUGGAAUCCCAACAGAUCCAGGAUACCAUUGAUGCCGAUGACACCGAGAACGACGACGAGGACUCGGCUCUUGAGCCUAGAAGCCUGCGUUUUAUCUAUUCCCCUAGCAUCCUAGCCUUCCAAGAAGAGAAUGGUAGACGAUAUCACGCUCUAAGCCAAGGCAAAUAUGUGCUCCCGAACGACGAGGCCGAGAACGAGAGAUUAGAUAUUCAACACGAGCUGUACCUAAACUGUCUUGAUGGCGCGUUAUGCCUCUCUCCCAAGGUCAGCGGCGCUAAUCGCGUCCUGGACGUUGGUACCGGCACCGGGUCCUGGGCCUUUGACUACGCCGAUCUACAUCCAGAGUCUACGGUCAUCGGUGUAGACCUCAGUCCGAUUCAGCCAGACUUCGUCCCGCCAAACCUCCUCUUCGAGAUCGACGACAUCGAGCAAGAAUGGGCUUGGACAGAAAAGUUCGACUUCAUCUUCUCCCGCAUGAUGCUCGGCUGCUUCGAGGACCUGCGCCGCUUCGUACAAGUCGCCUUCGACAACCUCGAACCCGGCGGCUACCUCGAGAUGCAGGACAUGGGCCUGCCCGCGCGCUCCGACGACGGCACCCUCGCGCCCGACAGCCACCUCGCCCGCUGGUGCGACCUCUGCCUCGAGGCCGGCCGCAACCGCGACCGCCCCAUUUUCCCCGUCACCGAGUACAAGACGUAUCUGCGCGAGGCCGGCUUCGAGGCCGUCGUCGAGGUCCAGAAAAAGUGGCCCAUCAAUACGUGGCCCCGGGAUCGCCGCUUCAAGGAGCUCGGCGCGUGGGCCUAUGCUAAUAUCGCCGGCGGCCUCGAGGGGCUCUCGCUCGCCCAUUUCACGCGUGGUCUUGGUUGGACUUCGGAUCGCACCUUGGAGUUUUGCGAAAAGGUGCGCGGGGACCUUCGCGACCCCAAGAUCCAUGCCUACUGGCCCAUAUACAUCGUCUACGGCCGAAAACCCCUCCAGCCGCCAGAAUGA